AUGGGGCAGCCGAAGAUUAGUCUGAAGGAGUUGGAUAACAUUAAGCGUAAAUUCGCUGAGCCAAUAAAUGAAUAUCUUAAUAGGUUCCGUUUACUAAAGGCAAGGUGUUUUACACAAGGGCCUGAACAGGAGUUAGUCGAAAUGGCCAUUGGUGGUUUAGAUUAUUCCAUCAGAAAGAAAUUGGACACCCAAUACUUGAGGGAUAUGUCCCAGUUGGUUAACAGAGUUCGACAGGUAAAGCACCUGAAGGCUGAAAAAGCCAGGGCGAAUAAAAAUAACAGGAGAGAAAGGGUAGCCUAUGCCGAGUUAGAUGGAGAUGAUCAAGAGUCAUAUAGAGAUCCUUUAGAUUUAGAAGAAAGAGAAAUUGACAUUGCUGAAUUAAAACAAGGACUACCUUAUUCUUGCAAGGUCCUUGCACCUUCGAAUGGGAAAAAUCUCGUCGAACCUGAAAAGAACAAUAAGUUCCCUAAGAAAAAAUACACCUUUAAUGUCACUAAGUGUGACGAAAUUUUUGAUUUACUAGUCAAAGAUGGCCAAAUGGUAGUGUCUCAUGGCGCUAAAAUACCUCAUUUAGAACAACGAAAAAAGAGAGGUUUUUGUAAAUAUCACAUCUUUUUGGGCCAUAAAACUUCACAAUGUUUUCUUUUCAGAGAUCUUGUGCAAAACACAAUCAAGGACGGGAGGUUGAAGUUCGGAGACAAGACGAAGUCACAAAUGAAGAUUGACUCAGACCCCUUGCAGGUGGUAAAUGCCCACUAUAUGAAGGAGAAUGGCAAUCCAAAACGCAGCGGAAUUUAA